UCUACUUUCAAAGGGUAAAGAAAUAGCUUAGCGAUAGUCCUAGGUAACUUGGUGAACAUUAUCCAUAUUCCUACAUGAAGUGGACGUGAAGCUGAAGCUGUUAUAAUGUGUCUUACUAACUCCUCCUGCAGCUCAUUGAUAGUUUAGGUAUGAUGAAUUAAGCCAGAUGUAGGAUAAUGACCUCCAAUGUGACACUCAUUGAAGGAAUGGUGGUACCAUCUUACCAUCGUCCACCUUGUCUAUCUUCCCUCGCUGCUGGGGCUGUCGCUCGCUGCCUCACAUACGAAGACUAUGAAGAAUGUAAUCAUUAUAGGUGGGACCCAGUUAUGAUAUGGCAGUAUGAGUUACCACAGAAAAAGAAAAAAAGUAAAAAAUCAGCAGAAAGAAGUCAGAUCUACAAUCUUAAUGAUGUCACCAUGCCAGUUCCUCAACCACAGUGGCAAGAGAUGAAGAAGUUCCGUGACUGGUGGUGGAACAAGAGCACUCUGGGAAGUGUAGAUUCAGUGCUACGGGCUCAGAUUGUGAAUGCCUUUGAGCAGCUGAGUUGGACUUCCAAAACAGAAGAAGAAUUUGUGCUGUUCUUAUUACUACGACUUUGUGUUGAUACAAGAAUUGAACUUGGAGGGGAACGCUUUGAAAUUUUAAGUGAGUGGUGUGGGGAUCUUGCUCAAGUUAUAACUCGACUAGGACCCUACCCCCUGCAGAAGUUGUUUGUGACUGACGACAAACUAGGGAUCAAGCCUGUCCUUACUGCCCUGGUGCAACAAUCCCCAAAUUUACAGGUGUUAAAGAUGAACCAGUGGGCCCUUAGUAAUGACUUCAUGAUGUCCUUGGGGAGUCACUGUAGAAUGCUCACAGAAUUUUCCAUUCCACACAUGCAGCCACAAGUGUUUAUGAGUGACGAAGCUUUGUUUGCUUGUUUUUUUGAUGGUAUGUCCAGUGAAGAGGUCGUGCACUCGUGGAAAGAAGGCACAAAACCGAGACUUUCAUUUAGCCAUCUUAGAUAUGUUGAUAUUCUAUAUUGGAAACAAACUGAAAGAUUCAUUCAGAUGUUAUGUGUGUUUUAUCCAAGUGUGCGCUUUUGUGGAAUUGAUGCUUACAUGGAGGAAAAUGAAAAGAGUCUUGUGCAACCUUUCUUAGAUGUGGGAGCUCAGGUCACAGCUUUGAGGGUAAGCUGCAGGACCAAAGGGAUUCUUGAUGAAAGACUGAGAUGCCUAGUCAACCGAGCUCCAUUUUUAAGAGAACUUCGAUUACAUGUUGAUGAUAAUUUUAAGGGUGCAGAUUGUGAUUCUGUGUUUGAAAGAAGACUGGAGGAAGCUGGAGCAAAACUAUGUAAGCUGGUUUCGCAAAUGAGUGCUUUUGAAUCUCUGGCACUGCGGCCGUACGAAGAGGUUGACAUAACAAAAGUUGUUCUGCCAACACUACACGCACAAGGCAGCUGUAUCACCAGCCUACAUAUAUGUUAUGAGUAUGCACAAUUGAAUUCCAACACUUUAUAUCAACUGAUCAACUUGUGUCCAAGAUUAUACUUUCUGGCAGUGUCCAUGGCAAUGAGUGACAGUGACGAUGCAUCAAAAAGCUACAGGACUCUCCUUCGUCCCUGCAUAACUCUGCAUACCCUGGUGAUCCAGGAUAUUCCCUCUGAAACCGAUGCCACUCAUGACUCCGACUACACCAAGGUGGUAGAUAAUGUAUUGAGAGCUGCUCCCAACUUAGAGAUGCUGGGGUUGUCCUGUGCAUUGGACAUGGAAGAUGAUUUUGCUCUUCUAUCAUCCGAUGCUGUUCAGACUCUCCAUCUUCAGUUUUGUUGUGAUUUAGGUAGUCUGUCAGCCUUGCACUUUUUCCUGCAGCGUCUCUUGCCAAAUUUUCCAAACCUUAGAACACUUUCCUUGGAUGAAAGAGAUGGAACUCUUGACUCCGAGUCUUUGGCUCCUGUGUGUCGAGGAGCUAUCAAUGUCACUAGAUGGAAACCUGAGUUUUUCCAGUUGCCAAAGUGGGAUAGUACAUGUGGCUCACACAACACAUUUUCUCUUUAUGUGAUGUAAACAUAUCAGAAGGUGAAUUUCUUCAAGGAGUCUGUACAGCUUUGCCUUUACUUUUCAUAUGCCUGCAUAUUUGUGGUCUCAUUAUGGUAUGACAAUAUUUUCUGGCCAUCAACUUUUGGUGUUUGUCCAUUAACUUCAGUUUCAUUUGACUUUGUUUAAAAAUCUUUGGAGAAUGAUGUUCGCAUGAAAAUAUACUGGCAAUGUUCACUUUUACAAUUCAAGCUCUUGUUUUCAGUGUUGAGCCUUUAAGAAACGGAAACAAAAAUUAUUUUGGGUUAAUUUUUAUGACCAGUUGCAAGCAUAUCAAUCUCCCAUUGGUUGAGCAGAUUUGUUUAUUCAUUUAAAUACAAUUGUUCAUGGUUGCGAGGAUGUUAAUAAUUUUAACAUGAACUUAAAUGAUGUAAGCAAUGACUCACUUACUCUUACACUGUACCACACAGCAUCAUCAAUACCGGCACUCCUGUGUCUAAAAUGUUGUACUGUACUUCUUAAAUCAAAUCAUUCCAUAGAUCACUAACAUUAGCACAGUCCUCCAGAAAUGAGAAAAUAAUUACAUGUAUCCCUCCUUUAAUGAUGGGGUUGGGUUUCUGAAAACCUGAUGUUAAGUGAAAUUGUCGCUAAACGAGGGAUAAGUGGAGAUGCGGCUUACUAUCAGUUACAAAUUUUUGUAAAGCCUCAAAAAUACCAAUAAGUAUUACUGUAAUUCCUUGUGUGCUCUAGCACCUCUAACCAGUCCCCACCACCAUUACUACCUCACCUUAAGUCCAAAUUACCUCCAUCACCCUGCAUGUCAUCUACCCGUGAAUUUGUUUACAAGAAAUGAAGGUCAGCGAACUGUGCAGUACUGUACUUAUUGUGUCCUAAGCCCUUAUAGUACAGUACAGUAGUACCCCGAUUUACGCGGUCAAUUGAACCCACAGGGUA